UAUCAUCAGCUGUAUUAUGUGAUGAUAUCAAAAUACCCAGAAUGCAUAAUUACAAUUUAUAUAUAUAUUUUUUUUCAUUAUAAUAAUUAUAAAUGAGAUUAUGUUUAUAUCGAACAGUUGUGUAAAUAAUAAAAUGCAGAUAAUUCACUAAAAUAUGACACCAGAUGUUAAUAUUACAAAAAAAGCAACAUUAAUUAUCAAAAUAACAUUUUUUUUUUCUCCAAUUUACAAAUUUUAUGUAAAAUUAUUUUACUAAACAUUUGUUAAUAUUGCUUAUUACUUGCAGCAUGAUUAUAUUAAUUUAACAAAAUUACAAAUAAAAGCACAGGUAUACAUAAUUUAAUGGCGGGAGAUUUACAACGCAUGCGCAUUUAAUUGAAUCUUGAAUUUCGAUCGAAAUUAAACGAAAUAAAAUUAGUUAAAUUUGUCUGACUUUAAAUAAAUAAUAAAUUUUUAAAAAAUUUGUUUAUUUUUUAAUAACUAUAUAUUUUUUUUAAAUCAUAAAAUUAAGUGAUAAGAAGAUAACCCGAGGGGUCGGUGCGUCGUGCUCAUCGUGAACACGAGGGUCAGGGGUGUAUUGAGCUUUUGUUGGUAUAAUAUUGAAUGAGGCAAAAAAUGAACAAAAAAUAAUAAAUAAAUAAUAAUUUGUUGAUGAACAAGAAGGAGAAAUAUUAAAAAUGAAAAAAUAAAAAAUAUGACCACGAUGAUGAUGAUGAUGCUCUCGGGGUCGUGGCCUCCAUCGAUACCGCUCGCAAAAGCGCACUUUGGACCAAUUCUUAGUGACGAAUAAAAUGAAUAAACUGACUGGCACAAGUGGCAUUUACUUCAGUACUACUUUGACUGUCUAGGAUCUUCUUUUGUAUCCAUAAUCAUCAGUCAGAUAUCAUUGACUUUUUUAUUUUAUAAAAUCAAAAUUAAUAAUCAUCACGACUUUGUCAAUUUUUAUUGCAUCAAAUUGACUUGAAGAAGAAAAAAAAAAUCUUUUCAUUAUUAUCUAAAUACGGAAAUAUAUAUAUAUUUUUUUUUUCCUCAACGAGACAAGUCAAGAGCAUCAUCAUCAGACAUAAUGGGUCUUUAAAUUAAAAAUAAAAAGUUCUUUGAUUUAUUGAUGAAAAUUUUUAUUUUUUUAUUUUUUUUGAAUUGCUUGUUGGGCAAUAUUGAAUUAAAAAAUAAAAGAAAUUAUUAUUAUUGAACCAGCUGAAAUAUUUUUUUCUAUUAAACUGACGAAAAAGGGUAAUCUUCAAUCAUGUCAACAGAGUCUAGGAGCUAUACUUCAAACGGAAGCAUGAUCGUCGUGAGCAACAGGUUGCCAUUUGUGCUAAAACGUAAUGAUGAAACUGGUCUUAUGGAAAGAAAAGCAAGUGCUGGAGGGCUUGUUACUGCAGUUGCUCCAGUUGUGAUUAAUGGAAAUGGAGUUUGGGUUGGUUGGCCAGGUGUUCAUUUGGAUAAUCCAAAUGAACCAAUUCCAGAAUCAAAUCCAAAUGACAAAACACCAACUGCUGGUUUACUUUCAUCAAAGGUUGUUGCUGUUCAUGUUGAAGCAGAUAUAUUUGAUUCAUAUUACAAUGGUUGUUGUAAUGGUACAUUUUGGCCUUUAUUUCAUUCAAUGCCUGAUCGUGCAACAUUUAUUGCUGAAGAUUGGCGUGCUUAUGUUGCUGUUAAUAAAGAAUUUGCAGCAAAAACAGUUGCUGCAUUAGAAAAAAUACAUAAAGAACAAGAAAAAAAUCCAACAAAUGGUACACCACUUGUAUGGGUACAUGAUUAUCAUUUAAUGCUUGCUGCAAAUUGGAUAAGACAAGCUGCUGAUGAAAAAAAUUUAAAGUUAAAACUUGGCUUUUUUUUACAUAUUCCAUUUCCACCAUGGGAUAUAUUUCGUUUAUUUCCAUGGGCUGAUGAAAUAUUACAGGGUAUGCUUGGUUGUGAUAUGGUUGGUUUUCAUAUACAAGAUUAUUGUCUUAAUUUUGUUGAUUGUUGUCAACGUUGUCUUGGUGGUAGAGUUGAUAGAAAAAAUUUACUUGUUGAUCAUGGUGGUAGAACAGUACGUGUACGUCCAUUACCAAUUGGUAUACCAUUUGAUAGAUUUGUAUCACUUGCUGAAAGUGCACCAAAAGUUAUAUUAACAAAUCAAAAAAUAGUACUUGGUGUUGAUCGUCUUGAUUAUACUAAAGGACUUGUACAUCGUUUAAAAGCAUUUGAAAUGUUAUUAGAAAAACAUCCAGAACAUCGUGAACAAGUUACAAUGUUACAAAUUGCUGUACCAUCAAGAACAGAUGUUAAAGAAUAUCAAGAAUUAAAAUUAGAAAUGGAUCAAUUAAUUGGUUCAAUUAAUGGAAGAUUUACAACACCAAAUUGGUCACCAAUACGUUAUAUAUAUGGUUGUGUUAGUCAAGAUGAACUUGCUGCAUUUUAUAGAGAUGCUGCUGUUGCAUUAGUAACACCACUAAGAGAUGGUAUGAAUUUAGUUGCUAAAGAAUUUGUUGCUUGUCAAAUUAAUACACCACCUGGUGUAUUAAUUGUAUCACCAUUUGCUGGAGCUGGUGAAAUGAUGCAUGAAGCACUUAUCUGUAAUCCAUAUGAAAUUGAUGAAGCUGCUGAAGUUAUUCACAGAGCUUUAACAAUGCCUGAAGAUGAACGUACACUACGUAUGAAUCAUUUAAGACGUCGUGAAAGAUUAUAUGAUGUUAAUUAUUGGAUGAAAUCAUUUCUUCAAGUUAUGGGAUCACUUGAAGAACGUGAUUCAAUUGGUUCAACAGUCAUGCAACCAGUUACAAUGGAUGAUUUUGAUGAUUAUUUGAGCAAGUACAUUGGUGAUAAUCACAAAUUGGCAUUACUACUAGAUUACGAUGGUACACUAGCACCAAUUGCAACACAUCCAGAUUUAGCAAUAUUACCACUUGAAACUAAAAAUGUAUUACAAAGAUUAAGCAAUAUGUCUGAUGUUUAUAUUGCAAUAAUAUCUGGAAGAAAUGUUAAUAAUGUUAAAUCAAUGGUUGGCAUUGAGGGUAUAACAUAUGCUGGUAAUCAUGGUCUUGAAAUAUUACAUCCAGAUGGUAGUAAAUUUGUACAUCCAAUGCCAGCUGAACUUGAAGAUAAAGUUGCAAGUUUAAUGCAAGCUUUGCAAGACCAGCAGCUCUGCAAGGAUGGUGCUUGGGUUGAAAAUAAAGGUGCUCUACUUACUUUUCAUUAUCGUGAAACACCAGUUGAUGCACGUCCAAAAAUGAUUGAACAAGCUAAAAAAUUAAUUGAAGAUUCUGGUUUUGCUGCUUGUCAUGCACAUUGUGCACUUGAAGCUAAACCACCAGUUGAAUGGAAUAAAGGUAGAGCAUCAAUUUAUAUAUUACGUACAGCAUUUGGUCUUGAUUGGAGUGAAAGAAUACGUAUUAUUUAUGCUGGUGAUGAUGUAACUGAUGAAGAUGCAAUGAGGGCUUUGAAAGGUAUGGCAGCAACUUUCCGUGUAACAUCAUCACAUAUUGUUCGUACAUCAGCUGAAAGAAGAUUACCAAGUACUGAUUCAGUUCUUACAAUGUUAAAAUGGGUUGAAAGACAUUUAAGUAAACGUAAACCACGUAAUAAUAAUACUGAUAUUAUACCAAGUAGAUAUAGACGUAGUAGUGGUGGAAUAACUAUGGAAAUGUCUUUUGCUGAGCCACCUCAAUCACUUGCUUCCUAAAUUUAAAAAAAAAAACAAAAUUCUACUUCAAUUUUAUGGUGAUUCUCUACCAUUAUCUCAUUUAUUUUUUUUUAUUUUUUUUCAUUUGCCUACUGCACAAAUAUAAGAGUAUAAUUUAUACUUAUAAUAAAAUCAGACUGUUUUCUUUUUUUUUUUCAUUCAAAAUAACAGCUAUUUUUAAUCGUCAAUCAAAAGAUAAUAAUUUUAACUCGAUGUAAUUUUUUAUACAAAUUAUUAUCGGCUUUCAUUUUCGAAAAUAAUAAUAAUUUUUUUUUUUUUUUUUUGUCAAGUUCAUGUGCUUAAUGCAUCUUCCCUCCCCCUCCAAAGUAUAUAGUAUUUAGAAAUAGUUUUAUAUGAUACGUAUAUCGCUCAAAACAAAAAAUUUAUAAAUUUAUAAAUUUACAAAAAUAAUAGUUAUAAACAGUUGAGUAAAAAAAAAAUUAUAUCUGGAAAUUUCGAAAAAUAAUCUCAUUGGUAUAGAGUUGUAUGAAAUGUGAAUUAAUUUUGAAAUUGAAAUUUCAUUCGGG